CACACACAGACGGCGGCAAAGAGGAAAACUGCCACCACACACACGUAUCGUGUGUCACGCCCCUGCCAUCCUGCCCUCAUCGAGGGCCGCAUCACUUUCACCACCCACACACACCUCCCUGACCAGCGCAGUGAUCCAGGCAAAAGACGCCCGUGGCUGCGUCAAAAGGACAUCGUACUCCUUCUGGUAGUCAGCGAAGAAGCGGUCGUCCGCCUCAUUCUUCGCGUGGCCAAAGUCAUAGAAGCCUACCUUGAGGACGGCGUCGACUGAGAGGCCCUUGACCACAUGAGCGUCCCUGGGGCGGUCACCUGCACGACGGGCGACACGCAUCAUCAACAGCCGACCUGCUGCCAUCAUCUUGCCCACCUAUGACGAGCAGCCGCUUCGCCUCAGGCCUGGCGAAGAACUCUCUCGCCCACUUGGGCGCCAUGUGUUUCGUGAACGAGGACAUAGGCAUGCCACCCCCGCCACCAUCACUCUCACUCUCCGGCCACCAGCUUGUCAGGACGCCCUCCUCGUCCCACACACACUCAUUCGACAGGAUGGUCACGUUGCCAUAAAGACACCCGUGCUGCUGCAGCACCUCGGAGAUCACGUCAGUCACCUCAGCCGACACCACCAGAACAGGCACUCGCAUCUCGUUGAGCAGGUGGAGGAACUCUUUGGCGCCUUCGCGCAGCCGCACGCCGGCAUUGCGGACCAUUGGGGGGAUGAGAGAGCGUCUCAGACGGUGCUUGAUGAGGAGUGCAUGUCCGUAGAGCCACCAUUUCUCACGGAGAAGGUGCUCGGGCCACUGCAGCUUCCCGGGCAGCACUGACGAGUACUUCUCGAAGUUGAGCAGAUCACCAUACUCCUCUCUGAAGGCGUCACCAAGCGGCGAUGUGGCCAUGAUGCCGUGACACUCCUGAAACGCAUCCGAGUCGUGGCAUCGUUUCGCAUCACAUCAAUCAUCGUCACGCUUCUCUUUUGUGUACCUGUCUGGGGUCGACGCUGGCGCAUGUAAUCGUCCUGUCGAAGUCAAUGACGACGGCGAACUGCCCGUCCGACGAGCGCCUCAGCGCAUUGAUGAACGCUCUCCGCUUCAACGGAUAGGCGUCAGACUGCCACACAGCGUCGUUUUGGCAGAUCAUCUUCGACUGGCCUUCAGGGAGUCUGCCCAUCAUCGUCCUCUUCGCUUUUGGCGUCGCUUUCUCUGGCUG